AUGAGUUUCACUUUUUGUAUUCUCACAUAUUUAUUGUUAAGUGUUAAUGCGCUAUACAACAAAGAUGUUAUAUGUAUUAUUGAAAAGGGAGUCCCCAUAUGCGAAACCAUUAAACCGAAAAACGAAAAUCCCAACCUACCAUCACACGAACCACUGCUACCAAACAUCAAAAACGGAAAAUUAUACAACUGCACCUCGGGCAUAUGUGAACCUGUCAAUUUCUACUCUCUAACCCAAUUAUCAGAUCCUUUAAAGUUUUGCUAUCAACAGAGCAAUGAAUACAAAUGUCAAAAACUCAAAUACAACAACUACAAGAACGUAGACAAAGUUUUAUUCCUAUCAAAUAACAUAGCAGGUAAAAAAUUCUAUCUAAUUGAUUGCUUAGUGUAUUCUGAAGGUGCACGCGUGUGUCAUAAGAAGGACGAGUCGCACGCUAAAUUAAUUGACACAGGCAACAUUGUGCGACCAAAAGAAGCCAAUAUUCUGUCACAAGAAGAAUUUAUAUGCGAGGAAGGCGAAAGAGUUGUGUGCGACUUCAACCGCUUCGUACCCUACGGUGAUGUGCUGAAACAUAAGGAUCAAAUUAAAAUCGAUAGCGUCGUUUUAAAAACGGGAACAAUGCUGGUUAAUCUUCAAUAUGAUUGUAUUGAUAACUGGUGCGGCUUUGUUAGUACACCGACUCGAAGAAUGGACCGCUAUGAACCGCCUGGAGGUAAAGUGUAUCGUUGCUAUUACGCAAAGAGACAACAAGUUUGCAAGGAACUUUAUAGCAAAAUGAGGCCAGUUUAUAACGAACGAGAUUGGUUGAGUUCUUAA